AUGGCGCCAAUCCGCCCCAUGCCGAAGACUUCGACUUCGGCAACAGCUACCUCUGAGACCGCCCAAGCCUCUGAUUCUGUGGACUUUGGCUUUCGAACAUCUAAAAAGGACAAACGCACAAUUAAACACUCGGCAUUCGUAUCUAAAAUUGAAAAGACCCGCAAAAAGCCACUCAAACGUCGUCGUCCAUCCAAGAAACUUGUCGCAGACCUCAACUCCCUAGCAGACGCUUUACCUAGCGCUGGCGAUGCAGAAACUGGAACAGACCAAGUAAACAUCAUAAAACAUAAAAGCUUGAAGCAUAGGCCUGGCGCCAUGAAACGGAAAGAGAAACUUGACAAAGUGGAGAGGGAUCGGUUUGCUAUGAACAUGGCGCAGAUGGCAACAGGAGUCGCAUCCCAAAAUCAACCGACAGCAGAAGCCCCAUCUGCCGACCGAUGGGCUGCCCUGAGGAAUUUUAUUUCGCAAACUAUUGACCAAAAUCCGGAAUUCAAAAGGGAGGACAGGCUAGAACUGCUAAAGGAGCAAAUCGUUGCUACUGAGCUUCAUUUGCUCCAGUUGCGACAGCAACUCACGGAGCUCGAAUCACUUUCCGCCCAAGAUGAUAUCGAGUUGACGGCCGGAGGUGACACCGAUACAUCUCUUGAUUAUACAAGAAAAGUUACAGGUCCAAGAGACGGAGAGCAAUUGGAUACGGAGCCACAAAUAUGGCCUUUACAGCAGGAAGAAUAUCGAAGAUAUGGAAGACAAAUGAUCGUCGAUCAGAUUGGGCUACAGGGACAACUUAAACUGCGUAAAGCCUCAGUUCUUAUAAUUGGAGCGGGGGGCCUUGGGUGCCCCGCAGCAAUGUACCUUGCAGGCGCUGGAGUUGGAACGGUUGGCAUCAUUGACGGAGAUACCGUUGAAUCGUCCAACUUACAUCGACAAAUUCUCCAUCGUACCAAAAACGUUGGCAAAUACAAGGUGGAUAGUGCAAUUGAAUAUUUGAGAGAACUAAAUCCACAUCCCAACUACGUUCCGUACCGAACGCGCCUAACGCCGCAAGAUGCCCCAAAUAUAUUUACAAGGUAUGACAUAGUAUUGGAUUGCACGGAUAAUCCGGCCACUAGAUAUCUCAUCUCAGACACGGCUGUUCUUCUAGGAAAGCCUGUGGUAUCAGCAUCGGCGCUUCGUACUGAAGGCCAGCUAACAAUUUUAAACUACCCCCCAAAGCCUCCAGGCGAUUCUUCAGGGGGGCCAUGCUAUCGUUGCAUCUUUCCCAAGCCUCCACCUGCCGAUUCUGUUGUCAGUUGUGCUGACGGAGGUAUCAUUGGACCCGUUGUAGGACUCAUGGGCGUGAUGCAAGCCUUGGAAACAAUCAGAGUCCUCACUUCACCUUUUACAACGGAAACUGGGGAGCAGUCCAUUGUUCCAUCUCUCAAUCUCUUUUCUGCAUAUUCCGUGCCGCCUUUCCGCAAUAUACGGUUGCGUAAACGCCGAGCCAACUGCAGUGUUUGCUCGGAUAAUUCGUCAAUCGAUCUUGAAUCGCUUCGCAGCGGCUCGACAGAUUAUGUCCAAUUUUGUGGAAGUGCUGAUUUCGCAUCACUACUCAUGCCACAUGAACGGGCAACGGCGACUGAAUAUAAUACCCGCUUGACUGAUGCAGCACCGAACGGUGCAGCCGAGAACCCUAUCCUUGUUGACGUCCGUGAAAGGGUGCAAUACGACAUAUGCGCUCUUCCAGGGAGUAUCAAUAUUCCGAUUUCCCAAAUCUUAUCUUCUUCUAAUACCAGGGACGAGCAAAAAUCCAAGACUGAGAUGGAGUUGCCUUCGUGGCUACCACGUGCUGUUAUGGAUUCUUCAAAACCAAUUUAUGUUGUUUGUCGACUGGGGAAUGACUCUCAAAUCGCGGUACAAAAGUUAAAAGAAUAUGGUGCGGAUAGAAAUGGAGAAAGAAUUGUAGUUGAUAUAAAAGGGGGCCUCAAGGCGUGGAGGACAGAUAUCAAUCCAGAUUUUCCAGACUACUGA